AUGUCAGCUGAAAAAGAUACAGCCGCUCCAGCUGCUGCUCCAGCAGAACAGGCAGCCGCAACAUCUAAGAAGGAUGUCCAACUUGGCCCAGUUAAGCGCGAUGGUGAAAUCGUUAUGGGUGUUGCUCAUAUUUAUGCAUCAAAGAACGAUACAUUCGUCCAUGUUACAGAUCUUUCCGGCUCAGAAACACUUGCUCGCUGCACAGGUGGUAUCGCUGUUCGUGCUCAGCGUGAUGAAGCUACACCAUACGCUGCUAUGCUUGCUGCUCAGGCCGUCGCUGCCCGUCUGAAAGAACUCGGCGUUGAUGGCGUUCACAUCAAGUUCCGUGGUGAAGGUGGUUCAUCCCGCCGCCUUCCAGCCCAGGGUGCUCAAUCUGCCCUUCGUGCUCUUGCUCGUGCUGGCGUCAAGAUCGGCCGUAUCGAAGAUGUUACUCCACUUCCACACGAUUCUACACGCAGAAAAGGUGGUCGCCGUGGUCGCCGUCUUUAA